GCAGCGUUGUUAAAGGGAGGGUGCUGUGAACUCAGGCUCUUAAAUCACCGAGCUGAAACAUUUCGUACGUAUAUUUUUAGUCCUAUAAUUAGAUUUAAUAAAACAUUACACAACAACAUUGUUCCCAUCGCGGCAACCUUACUCUGAAACUAUUAACGUUAACGCCCCCUCCGGUGUCACGUUGGUAUAAUCCGUAUUGCAUGCUGAAGUACACAUGUGCUGUUUUUCAUAGAGUAACAUGAGCCAAAAUCUGCCGGCUUGUCAUGUAAAACAACACAUCACAUCUUUUUGGGUGCAUCGUAAAAGUUAGUCAUAAACACCGUAUAACCUCUAAGAAUAAAGUACAAGCGGUUGUUAUUUCGGCAAACAGGGACAGAAAGGCCCGUUAAACGGCUGAGCCGCCGGCAGAGAACAUUCCUUGUGUUAACCGAUAAGUCGAGACCAUGAGGAAGUGUAAGAACUGUGGGGGCACAGCCAUUGAUGUGGACCAGGCACGAGGAGUUGCUGUUUGCAUGGGCUGCGGCUCUGUGCUGGAGGACAACAUCAUCGUUUCUGAGGUGACUUUUGUGGAGAACAGCGGUGGAGGCUCGUCUGCUGUUGGGCAGUUUGUCUCUGGCGAGUCGUCUGGAAAUGUGCCAUCAUUGGGAACGAACUUCCACACUGGAGUGGGGAGGGAGUCCAGAGCUGCCACACUUCAGAAUGCCAAACGCCAGAUAAACCAUCUUGGUCAUCAGCUGCAAAUGAACCAGCACUGUCUGGAAACAGCAUUCAACUUUUAUAAGAUGGCACUCUGCAGACAUUUGACCAGAGGCCGCAAAUCGGCUCAUGUCAUUGCCGCCUGCCUCUACCUCGUCUGCCGUACAGAGGGCACACCUCACAUGCUGCUGGACCUGAGUGACUUGGUGCAGGUGAAUGUGUACAUUUUGGGUAAAACCUUCCUUGUUUUAGCAAGAGAGCUGUGCAUCAACGCACCUGCUAUUGAUCCGUGCCUUUAUAUCCCGCGUUUUUCGCAAAUGCUGGAAUUCGGAGAGAAGAGUCAUGAGGUUUCCAUGACGGCAUUGCGUCUCUUGCAGAGGAUGAAGAGAGACUGGAUGCACACGGGACGGAGACCUUCAGGCCUCUGCGGAGCAGCUCUCCUGGUUGCCGCUCGGAUGCACCAGUUUCGGCGAACAAUUAAGGAAGUGAUUAGUGUGGUGAAAGUGUGCGAGGGUACACUGAGGAAGAGGCUGAAUGAGUUUGAGGACACGCCCACCAGUGAGCUUACCAUUGAAGAGUUCAUGAAGACGGACCUGGAGCAGGAGUGUGACCCACCCUCUUUCACAGCUGGACUCAGAAAGCAAAAACUAAAACAGAUUGAGGAAGAGCUUGAAAAGAAAGUCGAUGAUAUUGAAGGUGAAAUCUGUGUAUAUCAGGAUGAGAUUGAAAUAGAGCUGGAGAGCUGUAGGCCCAAACCACGAGGGAUUUAUACAUCCUCUUCAAGAGAAGAUGACGUAAUUUCCUUGGCAUCCUCUAGUGUUCUUGCCGCUGAUGAUGAAGGAGAGGAUGAAGAGCUUAUGGCGGCAGCAUCUCACUUGUGCAAAGUUGGAUUUGAUGGAGCAGAUGGAGGUGGAGAUGAGCAGGAGCAGAAUGGAGAAAAAGUUUCGCCAUCCAAAAGGCCUUCGUUAGAAUUAUUGCUCGGAAAGCUGCCCACUGCUGCUAGUUUGGGCCUGACUGAGUCCAUAAACAAAGUGGGAGAAGAAAAAGAGAACGAUGCAGAUGCUGAAGAUGGUGAGCUGGACUUGAGCGGUAUCGACGACGACGAGAUCGAUCGGUACAUCCUAAAUGAGAAGGAAAUUAAGAUCAAGACAGAGCUGUGGAUGAUUCAAAACGCAGACUACCUCAAAGAACAGAAAGAAAAGGAAGAACGAAUUGCGAAGGAAAAGGAGGAGGGUACAUAUAAAGAACGUAAGCCUAAAAAGCCUGGGAGGAGGCGUGAGCCGAUAAACGCCAGCACUGCAGACGAGGCAAUUGAAAAGAUGCUGGAGCAGAAACGCAUUUCCACUAAAAUAAACUAUGAUGUACUAAAAGACCUGAAUAAAUCAAGCCCAAAAAGUCCCACUCACCAGACUGAAGAACCUUCAGCCGGAGUAAAGAAAACGCCAAUGAGCCGUCAGAGAAAUCUCCACCUAUCUUCACCGACGAUGGCCAAAACUGUCAGCAAUUUUGGCAAGAGGUUACAGCCCCUGAUAUGCGCACAGCCCUCUAAGAAACUGGCUCUUGACCAGAAGGGGUCUGUUACCCCAGUGGCCGCCCCUGCCCAGAAUGCUGUUGUUUUGGAAAGCGGACCGGUUGCGUAUGAAGAUCCUGCACAUGAUGAAGAGGAGGAGGAGGAGGAGGAAGAACCCUGCUUCAGUGCCAUGCAGUUAAUGGGCAGCAGUGAUUACGGUUUUGAUGGAGAUGAUGGGGACGGGUUCUAAAUCCAAGUGUCAUUGAGUGCACCAAUGGAGGAGAGACACUAAUUUACCUUGCUGCUUAUUUCUUCACCAAAAAAACGGACAUCCAGCCUCCGUCUGACUGGUGUUCAUGUUCCUAUUUGUGAAGAAGGAUUGUGAACGUUACACACUACUGUGACUGGGAACAAACCUGUAGUAAAAGAGAACAAAAUAUGUGAAUUGAUGUCCUAAAAAAGAAAUCAUUCAUGCUUUUGGUGCGAUAAAACCCCACAUUUGUGUUUUGGUGCGUGUUCUCUGCUCAUGUAGCAUAUGACUUAAGAAGAUAAAGUCAAACCUGAGCUUAAACCGUGCAGUUACAUAACACACACAGCCAUCAUUAAUCAUCAGGUAGCCACAUGUUCUUCCCUAAGUGCAUGCACAUAUAUAUAUGAAUUUCAACUCACAGUAGACAAGCAGGAGUAUGAGAGCCAAUGUGUGUGUGUGGUGAUUGAGAGUGAUGAUUCUCGUUGGGAGUGUGUUAGCCUGCUCGCUAACUGCAUUUACUGUGUGUUUUAGCGUAAUGAUGACAUAUGAUAUUGCACAUCUAAAGAGAUUAGCCCCCACAUGGUUUAUUCCUGUGUGUGGGCAGAUGUGUGCAUGUGCACGUGCCUUUUACUAUCGCUGUGUACAAGCCAGGAGUACUAUGAUGACUUAUCGAACCAAAGUCUUAUUCUUAAAACCAGAUGUACCUCUGUUUGCUCCUGUUCUGCCUAGAGUGGAAUACAGGUGUCAAAUCCAAGACUUACAGCAGUGUUAAAUUUUACUCUGUUUAAUUGGUUGGUUUUCUAGUGCCUUUUGUUUUUAUUGUACAGAGUCUCGCUAGUCCUCUAGAUUUCACAUUCUGGGCUGAUAGGCUGCCGUUUUAUUUAAGCAUAAUGUAUGCUACUGAAAUUUAACUAGGAUGUAAUGAUUUUGAUUUGCAGAUUUGACCUUUGCAAUUUUUUGUAUUGAAACAUUUAAUUCAAAUGAGUACUUGAAGAAUUCCACAUAAAUGCUGUUAUAGCGUAACAUUUAAAUAUUUUGUGUACAUUUCUUUUCAUCUUAAGAAAACACUUUUUUUUUUGUAGGCAAAAUAAUAGAUCUGUAGUCAGUGUGGGAACGAAAAUUAAAAGUAUUUUAAUAUGAGCACACACUUCAUAUUUAAAUAACCUUUGUGUUUUGCUUUUUUGGAAAAAAACGUGCCUUUUUAAUUUGUACGUUAUUUAUAGUUUAUUCUCUUCCAGGCCAAAUGAAUGUUGUAUUGUUUCUGAUAAAAGACAAUUGGUAGGGCUUGUGCUGUCAUGUUUGAACUAUUGCGGUAAACACACCAAACGAACUACGACAAAUAAAGACAAUGGAGACCUA